AUGUCUCCCCCUCCACAUCUGCCUUGCCGCCAACGUCGAAAAUCAACACUAACCGCACUCCUGAACCCCGACUACCACCCGCCGCCGCCGCCGCCGCCGCCGCCGCCGCCGCCGCCGCCGCCUCCUCCUCCUCC